AACAUUCUCUUCCCAUCAACCAAAGCUUCCUUUUUUUCCUCUGCUUUCCCCUGUUUUCAGCCCUAAUUUCCCAGAAAUCGGACCUUCCAUUGUUUGUUUCAAGGAGAUAAAUUUUGGGUUUGCGCUGCUGAUUCCGUUGGAUCAAAGGGUUCUCUAAAGGACACAUUUUUAUUUCGGACAGAGGAUCAAAAGGUUCUCUAAAAACAUCGAUGGAGGCUCGCGUGGGAAACAAGUUUCGUCUCGGACGCAAAAUCGGAAGCGGUUCUUUUGGAGAGAUCUAUCUCGGUACUCAUAUUCAAACACAUGAAGAAGUUGCCAUCAAGCUUGAAAAUGCGAAGACAAAACAUCCACAGCUGCUCUAUGAAUCCAAGUUAUACAGACUUCUACAGGGAGGAACUGGUGUUCCAAAUGUCAAGUGGUUUGGUGUUGAAGGCGAGUACAAUGUUCUGGUCAUUGAUUUACUUGGCCCUAGUCUUGAAGACUUGUUCAAUUUCUGUAGCAGGAAACUUUCUCUCAAGUCAGUCCUCAUGCUUGCUGAUCAAAUGAUAACCCGUGUUGAGUAUUUCCAUUCCAAAUCUUUCCUUCACCGUGACCUCAAGCCUGACAAUUUUCUCAUGGGGUUAGGAAGACGUGCAAACCAGGUGUACAUCAUUGACUUUGGUCUUGCUAAGAAGUACAGGGAUAACACUACUCAUCAGCACAUUCCUUACAGAGAAAAUAAGAAUCUCACUGGAACUGCAAGAUACGCUAGUAUGAAUACUCACUUGGGAAUUGAACAAAGCCGAAGGGAUGACUUAGAAUCUCUUGGUUACAUCCUCAUGUAUUUCCUUAAAGGAAGUCUUCCAUGGCAAGGACUUAAAGCUGGAACCAAGAAACAAAAGUAUGAGAGAAUCAGCGAAAAGAAAGUCUCUACAUCCAUCGAGUCUUUAUGCCGUGGCUACCCAUCCGAACUAGCAUCUUACUUUCAUUACUGCCGCUCCCUCCGGUUUGAAGAUAAACCAGACUACAAUUAUCUCAAAAGAAUAUUCAGGGAUCUCUUUGUCCGUGAAGGGUUUCAAUUGGAUUAUGUCUUUGACUGGACCAUACUGAAGUACCAAAAGUCACAACUAACAGCUGCCCCAUCACGUGGCCUCGCAACUCCUGCGGCUGGAACCAGUGCGGGGGAGGAAGAGAGAGUGAGACCAACGAUGGAUUCAUCAAGAAGGAGAACCUCUGGAGCUCUUGACAACUCUGCGUCUACUAGAACCCCAAUGAUGCCAAGAACGUCACUGUUUGCACAGUCAGCAGGAUCAUCGAGGCGAGUAACGUCAGAGGAGCUACAGAGAUGCCGUGACGGUGACGGAAUAAGAAACUCUGGGGUGGUUUCAACGUCGGAAGGGAAGAGAUCAUCUUCCACCAGGAAACAGUAUGACUCUGCGAUGAAAGGUAUUGAGACUCUCCAAGUCUCAGACGAAAGGUUUCACCACCACUGAACCAGAAGAAAAAAAAAAGAAAGAUAAUGUACAGAGAUUACUUACAUACUUCGACUCUACAUUGGAGAAACGAGUAAACAUGCUUACUUUUUGCUUCUUUUAUAUUUUUACUUGUCGACUUUGGUUUUGUAUUUACUACGAAGGGGAAUUAAAUUUAGUGUUGGAAACUGGAAUCAUGGUAUUAUUCAUAUUAAUAUGUUAUUAUAGCAAUGCAUUUGGUGAUUUUCCUUUGGUGUUUUGUUCCUCACUUGAAACUAUUAGUGAAGGACAAUACUUCACUUGAAUUCAUCGUAUAUAUACUUGAGUUCUUA